AGGACAGUGAGGAACUGGAGCGAAUCACAAAGCUCUUCCACUUCCUGGGCGUGUUCCUGGCCAAGUGCAUCCAGGACAACCGUCUGGUGGACCUUCCCGUCUCUCAGCCCUUCUUCAAGCUGCUCUGCAUGGGGGACAUCAAGUCCAACAUGAGUAAGCUGCUGUAUCAGAGCAGGGGCCACGACCCUAACGGACCCCCCCCACACGCAUCCCUUCCUGCUGCUGUCUGAGAUGCAGUCAGAGGCUUCAACCGAGGAGAGCCAGGAGACGUACUCUGUGGGAAGCUUUGAUGAAGACUCCAAGUCAGAGUUCAUCAUGGACCCCCCCCAAACCCAAACCCCCCGCCUGGUACCACGGCAUCCUCACCUGGGACGACUUCCAGCUGGUCAACCCGCACAGGGCAAAGUUCCUGAAGGAGGUGAAGGAGCUGGCGGUGAAGAGGAGGCAGAUUCUGUCCAGUAAGAGUUUGUCUGAAGAUGAGAAGAACACCAGACUGCAGGACCUGAUGCUGAGGAACCCGCUGGGCUCCGGACCCCCCCUCUGCAUUGAGGACCUCGGGUUGAAUUUCCAGUUCUGUCCGUCCUCGAAGGUUCACGGUUUCUCAGCUGUGGAUCUCAAACCAAACGGAGACGAUGAGAUGGUGACGAUGGAGAACGCAGAGGAGUACGUGGAGUUGAUGUUUGACUUCUGUAUGCACACCGGCAUCCAGAAACAGAUGGAGGCCUUCAGAGACGGAUUUAACCGAGUGUUCCCGAUGGAGAAGUUGAGCUCUUUCAGCCAUAAGGAGGUUCAGAUGAUCCUCUGCGGCAACCAAUCACCGUCCUGGACUUCUGAAGACAUCGUCAACUACACAGAACCAAAGCUGGGUUACACCAGAGACAGUCCCGGUUUUGUGCGGUUCGUCAGAGUUUUGUGCGGGAUGUCGUCUGACGAGAGGAAAGCGUUCCUCCAGUUCACCACCGGCUGCUCCACGCUGCCCCCCGGAGGCCUGGCCAACCUGCACCCCCGCCUCACCAUCGUCAGAAAGGUGGACGCCACGGACUCGAGCUACCCAUCCGUCAACACGUGCGUUCACUACCUAAAGCUUCCGGAAUAUUCCUCCGAGGACAUCAUGCGGGAGCGCCUGUUAGCCGCCACCAUGGAGAAAGGCUUCCACCUCAACUGACCUCUGACCCCUCGCCUCACUGAGCAUGCUCCUCAAGUCCGUCUCGCCGCCCCGCCCUCCUCCUCAGCCGCCGCGUGAUUGACAGCUCAGCCGGCCAAUCGGAAACCGGCCGACUGACUGACUGACAGCUGGAGGAGGAGGAGGAUUUAUGUUGCAGAAUAAAAAGAAAGAAAAGUUCACAUCCUUUCCCCCUCACCUCACCUCCUUCCCUUGUCUCCUCGUUUUCUUCAUCCUCCUCCUCACCCGUCUGUGUGCGUGUGUGUGUGUGUGUGUGUGUGUGCGCGCGCCUCCUCCUCAGUUUAGUGCCUGGUUUGACUGGUAGCUUCUGUUCCUCCUCCUCCUUCAAUCAAUCAUGCUUCUUCUUCCUCUCUUUUUAUUUUAUUGCUUUUUUGUUCCCGUGUGUGUGCAACAGUUUUUUGGGUUGUUCCUGACCGGCUGUAGAGGUCAAAGGUCAGAGUGCAUUUGGUGUUUCUUUUACUUUAAUGAAGCUAUAGAGACAAAAACACUGGUUGUGUGCGCGGCACAUCUAAAGAGAAAAAGCUCUGCUCUCCCUCUUGUAUUUUCUUUGUAUAUUAUUAUAAACAUUUAUUUAACUCAAGUUGCAGUUUGAGGUAAACAGAUAUUUUCAAAUGUGUAUGCUCCAAAAAAAAUAAUCAUUAAAAUGUUUGCAAAGUCUGAAGUUAA